CACAGCAACAUCACGUCAGUUGUAUGCUGACGUUUGUGGUGUAAGGUUAGCGCGUUCUAGUCAAGGGACCACCAGCUCGUCCCACUCCCUGGGAGUGUCGAUCGAUAUCGUAUGAUUCUUCUGUGUGUUGUUAACUGAGGUAUUUUUGAUGCUGUUAAACCAAGACCACCUGGUGACUAGGCUAUACGGGAUGGACUCCAAGGACCGUAAUUGGAUUCUUCAAGGAUUGAUUCAGAACCCAAUUAAACCUCACAACAGUCAAGCCGAACCCUCCUCUCCUGUGAGCACGCAGAAGGCACCACAGAACCCAGAAGUCGUUCCCUCCAUAGCUACUGAAGAAGACGAUCCUACCAUACAAGGGCCUUCCUUUCCUCCCAGUCACUCCACAUCGCAAAGGACAACAGAACCAGGUUCGACAUCUCCUAACAUUGCUGCUGCAGCAGCGACCGCCUCCGCGGGUGCCAACAAUUCGUCGUCAUCCACAGCGAAGACAUCGUCGGAUGCAUCCAAGAUAUCUGAUGACGAACACGAUGAUAAACUCAGCCGCUCUCCGGUGUCUCCGACGGUACUAAGGCAACCAGCAGUCGAAUUCCCUGCCGGCGACGAAAAUCCUGAAGUUUCCAUUCCUUCCGCGAAAACCAAACUCAAAUCGUCACAAAUCUCCAAUAAACAGUCGUCCGUUGCUCACCAAAGACUGUCUUUUGUUAACGAUCUGAAGUCUCUGGGUAUCGUUCUGCAGACGUCGGAGUCUGAUCAACAUUCGUCUGGUUCCCUCUUCAAAUCAUCAGUUGAAAACCUCGGACUAUCAACUCCUGACCAUAGCUUAGCCAGGUCCAACUAUAGAUCAACCAGUUCGGAUCCUAAAACAACAGUUGCCGACUUCAAAUCAUCAUUUUUGAACGCCAAGUCAACAAGUGACGAGCACGGAUCACCAGACCAAGAGCCCCGGUCAUCAGGAGAGACUUCCGACGACCCGUCGAGGUUCGAACUCGCGGCGACGUCGGGAGGUCGAGACGAGGCCAGCGUCCCGACUUGUCGCGAGAGUGCGAGUCCUCUCGACAUGAAGCAAGAACGAGGGGAGUCUCCAGCAUUAGAAGCUGCAACGAAAGCCUUCAACCUUGCCUGCACCAGCGCCCUCUCCAACGCCGUUUUAAGCCUGCAGCGGCUGACCGGCACCAGCAGCAGCAGCAGCGGUCAGGACGCUGACGCGGCGCAGCAGCAUCUCUCAGCCAUGCUACAGGGACUGCCUCUGUUCAUGCAGGGGCUAGGCAGGCUCGGAGCUCCUGCCGUGAGUGGCCUGCCCUUGCCCAGCGGCAGCAGUCCCCCUGGUAGCUCCCUGGCCGCGGGGGGCGGAGGCAUUCAGUGCUCGUGCGGUAUACGCUUCAGCUGCCGCAGCAACAUGGAGGCGCAUAAGAAGUUCUACUGCACGCACCAGGCUGCCGCUGCUGCAGUGGAGAACGUGAGCGACACGAGCAUCUCGAGAGACGCCGCUGAAGGCAGCGGCGACGAGAAGUAUGUGCUUCGCUGCACGCAGUGUCCCUACAGCACCACCCACAAACUCAGCCUCAACGGCCACAUGAACAUGCAUACCGCCUCAGCCGCCGCCCCUGACGACAGCCAUGUACCGGUGCUGUCACCUAAACAUAAGACUACAUGUGCUCCCAUCGAUGCUCGGGCUAUGGACCGAUAUUGCACCGACUGUGAUAUUCAGUUCUCUUCAUUAAAGACAUUCAAAGUACACAAAACUCAUUAUUGCCAAACAAGACACGUUGUCAAGGCCAAUAAAAGCCCGAUAAGGGACGAUCAGAGUUCAUCUACUAUCCUGAACUCGAGUGCGUCAGGGCAACCUAUUUUGCUUCUACCAACUGAUCCCGCGCUUCUAGUUCCAUAUUCUUUGCUCAUCGGCGCCAGUCUCUUGCCUUCACAUAUUCUUCCUCAACAAGGAGCUGCAGUUCUAACCAGGGACGGACAAAUUCAUCCUCUGUCCCUUGCUCAUUUGCUGGGCAACACUGCACCAGCCGCGGCCCCUCCACUUUUGUCGCCACCAAACUUUAAUAUUUCUGCGUCUGUCCCCCCAGUCUCCACAGCCUCCACUAUUGAUUCCCCUCAAGUCUCCCCACGCGCUGCUAAUCACAGUCAGGGAAGCGCUAGCUUGUCGGAAGAAUCGAAUCCUACUAAGCCUGUUAAAAUGGAGUCCCAUUCCUCUUCACGUGAACCCGCCACUGCUGUCAAACGCCGAGGGGACGGCGAUUGUCCCCUUGAUUUAACCACGAAGAGGUCGAAGUUGUCCAUAAAAACUGAUCUAUUAAGUGACGAAGAAAAGGAAAAUCGUGAGGUGAACACACCUUCCCUGACAAACUCCCCCGCUACCGUCAGAAACGGGUCAUCCAGCAGCGGCAGCGCUGCAGGUGACACUGAAUCGAAACUUCUGUCGUCUCCUCGAGACUCACCCUUGGUGGAUGAGACUGCAGGAUCCACCCUACGUUCCCCACGUCCUGCCUCAGCCGCCCCAAGUCUCUCUUCCCCUCGUACUGCGUCUCACGAGUCCCCGCGACCUUCGACCAGCUCUGCAAAUCGCUCUUCGAGUCGCCAGUCUCCUACAUUACCUCACACAUUAUCGCAAAUCUCACCGGGAUAUUCGGGUGUUUUGGGCGGCAUUGAAGGCUUGGCUUCUCUCCCUUUCACUGGUCUUCAGUACCUGCAAGGCCUUCAGGGCGUCGCACCGGAACUGCUUUUGAAAAUGUUCAACGGUAUGGUCCCUCCAGUGCCUCCGCCGAUCACACCUGCGUCAAUUAAACAAGGAGAAGCGCGUUGCAAUGAGUGCAAUAUCACGUUUUACAAAGAAGAAAAUUACCUUGUACACAAGAAACAUUACUGCGCUGCUAGAGAUAAAGCAAAUGAUGAAGACAGGCGGUCUUUAGAUGGUCAAAGUCCAGGAAGUAGAUCUAGAGGUAGCAUCUCGCCUCCCAAUCGAAGUAUCAAGACCGAAGGCCCUGCGGUUCCCGCUGCGCCUCUUAGAGAUUUACCUAAGACGAGUAAAAGCCUGGGUCAGUUUGUGUGCAAUCCUUGUGGCAUUAAAUUCACUACUCCUGAUAACCUGAGUGCUCAUCAAACUUAUUACUGCCCCAAGAGAGAAGGCUCGACACCCGAAGAGGGUGUCACUAAGGGCAUGUGGAGAUGCCCGAGAUGUCGUGUUGCAAUGCCCGAGACCCUUCAAGCUGCUCAUCAGUGCGUGAGUCUGGGCAGUUCGUCGGCACACGGCUGGAAAUGUCCUUGCUGUCCCACGCUUUCUCCCACCGCCGCGGCCGCUCAAAAGCAUCUCGAAACUCACGCUGGGAUCAAAGCGUUUAGGUGCACAAUCUGCGGCUACCGCGGUAAUACGCUGCGGGGCAUGAGGACGCAUAUCAGAAUGCAUUUCGAGAAACGGACAAAUGAUCUCCAAGAGGAAAAUUUCAUUGAAUGUAUCCUAGAAGAAGACGAACGACGAUACAGAAUGAAUAGCUCUCAGGAGAUGAGAAGGAAUCUCUCUGAUCAUCAACAAGCCCUUUUAGAAAAUUCUCCUCUAGCGGCUGCGAUCCUCUCGAACAGUGGUUCAUUGAUGCCAGAGGGAAGCGAACCUGCUCUUUCUUGUACCAUUUGUCCCUACGUCACCAAUCACAGGGAUAGUUUUAUCAAACAUUUGGCACUAGUUCAUAAAUUAGGCGUUGAAUUAAAAAAUUUCCUCGAGAGUCAAGCUGGUCCUUCUAAAGCAAGAGACAGUAUCGAAAAUCCCGAAUUGAAUUGUUCUUCGGUGCCCGGAAGUUCUCCUCCAAUUUCUUCCUUUAAACUGGAACCUGAAGUUAAGCUGGAGAUAGCAGACUCUGAAGAAGAUAGCCAGCCUAAAUCUCCAGCAAUGGACGACUCCAAACGGGCUGGCAACGAUUCCCCUGUCUCCAGCCAUCACUCUGUUUCUCCCCCUUCUAGGCCAGGAUCGACAAGCUUACCAGCAUUACUUCAGGCUCGCCCUCUAUCCGUGUCCGCUGCUCACCAUUGCCACGCCUGCAAUAUAUCUUUUUCUCAGAGAGAAUCUUAUCAGGCUCAUAAAACAUUCUAUUGUACACGUCAACAAUCAAGCACUCCGCCUGAAACUGCGGUCCAGUGAGACUCACAACAAAAUGCGAUACCUACCCCAUGAGCGCUGAAUCAAAAAGGAUUAUAAGUAAUGGUUUGUUUGGGAGCAUGUGCAGUUAGAAAUGAUUGUUAUAUGAUAAUUUGUCCAAUCGAUUUUUGAGUGAUCAUAGACGAUGUGUCAGCCGUAAUGUGUUUCAGGGCGAGAAUUUAUCUAACAUAUGAGACCGGACCCGCUACAUAUCUGCUCAAGCGCUGUGUGCUCUAACUAUAACUUACCUUUAGUCUGAAAUCAUGACUGACGCUAGCUCAUAAGUUCGAAUAUAAUAAUGUUAACUAGUCUGCUCCUGUUGUUUUGCGUGUACUUCAGAUUAAUGAGCGAUGUAAUUGUAGGUAUCAAAUUUUAUGCAUCAUUUAAUGGGAAUUUCCCAUUAGAAAUGAUUCACCUCUUUUUUUUGUGAUGUAAUUCUCUGAAUGUUAUUUCCAUUACUGGCGCGACGAAGCGCUUUCCUGGUAAAGAAGGCUGCUUGCCUCUCAAAAGAUAUAUGAACUUCGGCACAAAUAUGGCUAGGUUAGAAGUCACAAAACUAAAAUUUGUUAGUCAAUAACAAAUUGAGACGCGUUCGAUAAUUUCACAUAAUUUUUAUAUCAUUAAUGUUUUAUCUUUUAGGCUGCCAAUUUUUAUUUAUAUGUAUAAAAUUCAUUUGUUAACGUUGCAAAUUGAUUCUACAAGGGAAAUUUUGCACUUAAGACAGCGAGACAAGUAUUUCUACAUGUCAUAAACGGCUAUAGUUAAUCGGAGAUGAGUUGUUUCAGUUUCGAAUGACAUUUGACUUACCUACUCUCUAUUUGACAGGGUGAUGCCAAUUGUUUUUAAUCAGGUUUUGUUCUUUCAUCGCAAAAACUUUUAGGCAUUUUUUCACUUAAUUAGAAUCUAUAAAAAGAAUUUAUACAAAUUUAUAAUAUCUUUAUUGGUCGUUCCUGAAUCUGUUUUCAUAAGUAAAUACUGGAAAAUAUAUCAUACAGAUAAGUUAUGAAUUUUUCUCUGAUUGAUUGAAAAAUAAUUUAGUAUCAAUCACUCUAGCAUGGUUCUUCAAUAUAAAAGAUGCUUGAAUUAUGUUCUGGUAUAUUAUAUCUCAAAGCGUUACGAGGAAGAUGUUGUAAGCCUUUUGUUUGUAAAUAGUUAUCCGAGGUGAAAAUAAUGAUUGUUUCUUGCUCCAUGUUCAUCUCGAUCGGAAGUUUAUUAUUAAAAACGUGUGCCAUAAACUUGUGCUAUCCUGUAUGUACUUUAUAAAUCUGCUAAAAUCUAAUUGUUGUCGCAUA